UUCGUGUUUUUCAUUGCCAUGCGCGUUGAGAUCCAAACUAGCAUUGUAAAUAAACAGUAUGCUGUGGACAGAAGUGACAAAAUGUGAAAAGAAUAUAUAACUAUAUUAAACAAUGGAAAACGAUCGUUUAGCGAUCGUUUAUGUUGCAAACGAAGACAAGGAAUUGACUCUUGCAAUUACUUAUGGGCAAACAAUUGAAGAUCUUUGUCUCAAGGUCUGUAAAUCUCUUGGAAUACGCCCAGUAGCCAGACAUCUUUUUGCUCUUAGAAAUCAUUAUACAAAACUUUGGUAUCCGUCAGCGUACUGCUUAGAAAUGAAAGAUAAAAACAAAUUUGACUUUAGGUUAAGAUUUAAGCCUUCAAGCUUACAAAGAUUAAAGCAUGUUGAUGUAAAUGCCUAUGAUUACUAUUUUCAACAGGCACGUUCAGAUGUUAUGGAUAAUAAGGUGCCAGACAUUGUUUAUGAAAGACACAAACAAGAAUUAAUUGGUCUUGGUGUUAGUGAUAUGUACAGAGUAAUGUUAGAAAAAAGACUACCAAGAGAAACAGUGGAAUCAGAAUAUAGGAAAUACAUUCCUAGAGAAUGUAUAAAACGUCAUGCGUUUUUUAUUAAAAAACCAAUUCAUAAUGCACUUCGAAAAAUAUCUGGAUAUGAUGCAAAUUAUGUCAAGGAACAAUAUUUAAAACAAUUUGAAUGUAUGGCGCCAAAUUAUCCAUAUGAAGAAUAUGAAGCUUUAAUGGAUAGAGGUCUUCAAAAUCCACCAGCAAAAGUGAUUUUAAGAGUCAAUGUAGACGAAAUAAAAUAUUCUGAAACACUUGCUACUCCAUGGACUACAUUGUGUGCAAUUGAAGAUUUAUGUUUUGUUUCCAUAAGACAAGAUAAUACAGUGGAAAUAUCAAGAAAGAAUGGUAUACCUUCAUAUUUAAAAUUUUCAAAGAAUGCACUUUUAAUGUCUUUUGUUUCUGCACUGGAUGGUUAUUAUCGCUUAGCAGUUAAAUGGACAUUUAAUUUAUGUGGAGAAGUUGUUACUCCUUCUUUAGAAAGAUUACAUAAAUUAAAAUGUCAUGGUCCAGUUGGACAAGAGUUUUCAUAUACGAAAUUACAACAAAAACGUGCAAAUAAACCAGGUUCUUAUUUACUUAGAGAAAGUGAAACAGAGUACAAUGUAUAUUAUUUAGAUGCAUGCAAUAAGGAAGGAAAAUUGUUUUCAAAAAGGAUAGAAGAACGAACUGUGUCAGGUGAUUUCAUUAUUACUGGUGUUCCUGGUCGAUACAAUACAUUAGCACAGUGUGUCUCAUCUUUCCAAGAUUCUGAAGGACAGUCAUAUCUUUCAGAAUGUUUACCACCUUCAGAGUAUGAUAAGUCAUCGUUACUACUUUGUGCUCCUGAAAGUGCAGUCAGUGAAGUUGCAGCUGAUGAAGAAAUCGUUGCUUCAGUUUUAGAAACUGGACCUCGUUGCGUACCACAAAAUCAAUUAGAAAUUUACAAACCUUUUUUAAGAACUGGUAAAAUUCAACAGUAUUCACCAACAACUCUCCAUAGAGCAAUUUGGAGAUUGACCAAAGGAAAAAAAUUAGAAGUUGCUUUGAAAAUUUUAAAACAAGAGGAAGAAACAAAUUAUACAAAAGAAUUUUUAGAACUUGCGGGGAAAUGGUCCCAGUUGCGAUCAGGCACUCUUGUAAGAUUAUAUGGUCUAACAGUAACACCAUCCAUUGGAAUGCUUCUGGAAUUGGUACGACAUGGUUCUCUUGAUGAAUAUUUACGUAGUCCUUCUUCUCAAACUAUCAAAACUGUAGAUAUGGUAGAAGCAACAGCUUGUUUAGCCACUGCUCUUUGGCAUCUUGAAGAGAAUGGUAUAGUUCAUGGUAACAUUAGAUGCAAUAAAUUGCUAGUACAUGCCCACACCACUAACAGUUUUGUAGUGAAACUUGCCGAUCCAGGAAUAUUUGUAUAUACAGAAACAGAUAUUCACUGGUUACCUCCAGAAACUUAUAAUGAUCCAGAAUUAGCUAGAUAUAGUUUUCAAGCAGAUGUUUGGGCUGCUGGAACAACAAUUUGGCAAAUUUUUGCUAGGGGAGUUACAUUACAAGAAUUCCAAAAUGCCGACGCUAUGAAGAAAUGCUAUAAAUCUGGAAAACGUUUACCUAUUCCGAAUGGUUGUCCUAUAGAAGUCUAUAGAUUGAUGCUUGAAUGUUGGGGAGAUUCAAGUGGUUCUAGGAAACAACCUCAGGCAAUUAUGAGAGAUAUAAAUCAAAUACUGUAUCAAGUAUAUAAUUCUCGUAGAAGUCAUGCAUAUGCAACGGCAUUUCCUAAACUGUUUAGUUCUGAAAUGAAAAAAUUUGAACAAGAUAAUUCUGACUCCAGCGAUAGUAAGUCACUAAAUAGUGAAUCGAGAAGUAAUAGUUUUUCUACAGACAAUACGAGUCUCAGAUGGAAUGAUACUGACGAUAGUAUGCAAGGUUUAAUCAACACCAAUGAAGAUAGUACAGAAGAUCUUUCUGCGUAUUUAGGUUGGUUAUCAAGUGCAAGAAGAGAUUCAGAAGGGUGUUCAAUCUCUCAAAAUAACAUUCCUAAUAUGAAUUGCAUUGAACGCUCCACUCAAGUUUUGCGAAUAGGACACCCCGGUGAUUUAGGCGAGGUAAUGGGAAGAAAUGAAUCUGGAACAGAAGAUUGUGGCUCUGGAGGAAGUAGUAAUGGUUCCUUAGGUCAAAUGCGAGGCAUUUAUGAAUUGGAUAUUGAUUGUAACGUAAUUUUACAAGGUAGAAUUGGUCAAGGUUUUUAUGGGGAAGUUUAUAGAGGUACAUUGGAAAGAGAAAAUGGGAAAGAUAUUGAACCACAACAAGUUGCUAUAAAAAAAUUAAAAACAAGAGCACUUGAAGCAGAUAUAAGAGACUUCGAAAGAGAAAUUGCUAUAAUGAAGACCCUGAAACAUCCAAAUGUUGUGGAAAUUUUGGGGGUAAUAUCAGAACCUGAAGUUUGUCUAGUAAUGGAAUAUGUAAAACAUGGUUCAUUGCAAAGUUAUCUAUCAAUUCACAAACAAGAAUUGACACAUAGAAGACUGUUAGGAUUUGCUUUAGACAUUGCAACAGGAAUGGAUUAUUUAGGUAGCAUGAGUAUUGUUCAUAGAGAUCUUGCUGCAAGAAAUAUUUUAGUUGCCGAUGAAAAUAAAGUUAAAAUCAGUGAUUUUGGGUUAGCUCAAGUUACUGGGAAAAAUGAUUAUUAUAUUUUACAGACUGAUCGAGGCCUUCCUAUUAAAUGGUAUGCUCCAGAAAGUAUCAGAGAUGGGAAAUUUUCCACUCGAUCAGAUGUAUGGUCGUUUGGCGUAACAAUGUAUGAAACAUUUGGUUUUGGAGAAGAACCACGUUUACCUGGCCUUGAUUCAAGUACAGAACGUCUUCAAAAUGAACAAGAGAAAGGAAGCACUGAAUUAUUAGCUGCAUUAGAAAGAGGCACUCGUCUUCCUUGUCCGUCUACCUGUCCACAAGCAAUUUAUGUAAAACUUAUGUAUCCUUGCUGGCAUUUACAAAGCCACCAGAGACCAGAUUUUGCAACUCUUUGCAAGGAUAUUAAAGAUCUUCUUGCUCAAUAUUAAAAACAAGAAAUGAAAAAGAAAUAUGUGUGAAAUGAAACGUAGGUAAUAUAUCAUUUAUGAAAAUUAAACUUCAACUUUGCAA